AUGACAAAGGAAUAAUUCAGACUUCAUACUGUGUACAUUUGUGCACAAACCCCUCAAAGGUGCACUUUUUCAUUACAAAAAGUUUAAGCGGCUUCUUUCCUGAGCACAUGUCGUCGGCGUUCUGUUUCACAUUAUAAAAACUCUCACCUUACAGGUUUUACAUUUGUUGCCGCUUUCUAGUCACUUUGAUAUAUUGCUGGGAGGAAUGAAUUUUGAUAAAUGUGUCUCUAUGACAUGUGAAAAGUAAGAAAAGGCAGUCAAUAUGGUGUUGCAAAACAGUGGCAAGUAUAAACCCGAAAAGGGUGGCAGAGGUGAAAAGAAUUUUAGUGGUGGGCCAAAAGAGGAUAACAAUGAAAGUCGGCUGAAACAAGCUUUGGAGAACGAUGCGAUUGACAGCAAAUAUGGAUUUAAACGAGUUACUGAUCAUCAAGAGCGGGCUGGCUUUCUCAUCAAUAUGCACACAACCGAAAUUUUGGAUGCAGAUAAAAAAUUGAUAAGUGCGGUGGACUAUUACUUUAUUCAAGAUGAUGGUACACGAUUCAAGGCAUCAUUGCCAUACAAGCCAUAUUUCUACAUCUUAGCAAAGAAGGAAAACAUUCAAGAGGUUUCAGCAUACAUCUCAAAGAAGUUUGCUGGGCACAUUUCAUCUUUAGAGAUAGUGUCAAAAGAAGAUUUAGAUUUGCCCAACCAUUUGAUUGGUCUGAAGCAACGGUAUCUCAAAUUAUCAUUUCUCACAGUCAAUGAUUUGAUGAAAGUUCGUCCUCAAAUAAUGUCUGCUGUGAAAAAGAACAAAGAAAGGGAGAAGGGAAACACCUAUUACUCAGAACUUCUCUCCAAAGCAUUAGCUACCAACAGUACUGGUGUUACACCCAAGUUUACUGAUCAUAUGGAAAAUAUUAUUGAUAUAAGGGAAUAUGAUGUACCAUACCAUAUACGAGUUUCAAUUGACAACAAAAUAUUUUGUGGCUCAUGGUACUCAGUGUGUUCUCGAGGAGCAGAGGCCCCUUUUAUUGUAAAGCGAAAUGACAUAAUUGAAAGACCUGAUAUGAUUGUUCUAGCAUAUGAUAUUGAAACAACCAAACUUCCUCUGAAGUUUCCAGAUGCUCAGUCUGAUCAAAUUAUGAUGAUAUCUUACAUGAUUGAUGGCCAGGGUUACCUUAUUACCAAUAGGGAAAUUAUUUCUGCUGAUGUUGAGGACUUCGAGUACACUCCAAAACCUGAGUUUGAGGGCUUCUUUACCAUUUUUAAUGAGCCUGAUGAACGUGCUCUUUUGCUCCGAUUUUUUGAACACAUCAUGGAUGUCAAGCCACAUAUUUUUGUCACCUAUAACGGUGACUUUUUUGAUUGGCCUUUUGUGGAAGCCAGAGCAGCUAUCCAUCAGCUAGACAUGAAGCAGGAAAUAGGCUUUUCCAAAAACAAAGAAGGCACAUACUGUUGCCGCUCAGCGAUGCACAUGGACUGCCUAUGUUGGGUGAAGCGUGAUUCAUACCUUCCUGUUGGAUCUCAGAAUUUGAAAGCAGUAGCUAAGGCUAAACUCCGCUAUGAUCCUGUUGAAAUUGAUCCUGAAGACAUGUGUGCUAUGGCUGCGGAACAACCUCAAGUUAUGUCUAAUUACUCAGUGUCUGAUGCUGUUGCCACUUAUUACCUGUACAUGAAGUAUGUGCAUCCCUUUAUUUUUGCACUGUGCACCAUCAUUCCUUUGGAACCUGAUGAGGUCUUGAGGAAAGGAUCUGGUACUCUCUGUGAAGCAUUGCUUAUGGUUGAAGCAUUCCACGCCAACAUUAUCUUCCCCAACAAACAGGAAUCUGAAUUGAAUAAGCUGAGUGAAGAUGGUCAUGUUUUGGACCAGGAAACUUAUGUUGGAGGUCAUGUGGAAGCACUAGAAUCUGGCGUGUUUCGAGCAGACAUCCCUUGCCAGUUUCGUAUUGUUCCAAGUGCAUGUGAGAAGCUUCUGGGUAAUGUAGAAGAUGCUCUCAAACAUGCCAUUGUGGAGGAAGAACAGAUUCCUUUGGAAAUGGUCACUAACUUUGAAGAAAUAGCUGAUGACAUUCGAGUUAAAUUGCAAGAUCUCAGAGACACUCCUAUGCGCCUGGAAACCCCCAUCAUCUACCACUUGGAUGUUGGUGCUAUGUAUCCUAAUAUUAUUUUGACAAACCGUCUCCAGCCCUCUGCAAUGGUCGAUGAGCAAACCUGUGCAGCUUGUGACUUUAAUCGACCUGGUGCCAAGUGCCAACGUAAAAUGGCCUGGAUGUGGCGUGGUGAAGUCAUGCCUGCCAGUCGUAACGAAUUUCAAAGAAUUCAACAACAAUUGGAAACAGAAAAGUUCCCUCCUCAAUUUCCGGGAGGACCACAUCGUGCUUUCCAUCAGUUAAGUCGAGAGGAUCAAGCAGCCUAUGAAAAGAAAAGAUUAUCAGAAUAUUGCCGCAAAGCCUACAAGAAAACUCAUGUCACUCGUAUUGAAGAAAGAUACACGACAAUCUGCCAAAAGGAAAACUCCUUUUAUGUCGACACUGUGCGAGCAUUCCGAGACCGCAGGUAUGAGUACAAAGGUCUGCAAAAGGUGGCUAAGAAGCAAGUUUCUGACGCAGUUGCAAGUGGUGAUGCUGGUGAGAUCAAAUCUGCCAAGAAUCGAGAAGUUUUGUACGACUCCUUGCAGCUUGCUCACAAAUGUAUUCUGAACUCUUUCUAUGGAUAUGUUAUGAGAAGAGGAGCCAGAUGGCACAGUAUGGAAAUGGCUGGAAUCGUCUGUUUCACGGGUGCAAAUAUUAUCACAAAGGCAAGAGAAAUCAUUGAACAAGUUGGUCGCCCUCUGGAACUUGAUACAGAUGGAAUUUGGUGCAUCUUGCCUGCAUCUUUUCCUGAAAAUUAUGUCAUUAAGAGUACCCAUCCUAAAAAGUCCAAGGUGACCAUUUCUUAUCCAAAUGCUAUAUUAAAUUAUAUGGUGAAAGAUGCUUUCACCAAUGAUCAAUACCAUGAACUAAUCAAUGCUGAAACCUUGGAAUAUAAGCUGCGAAGUGAAAACUCUGUAUUCUUUGAGGUAGAUGGACCCUACAAAGCCAUGGUACUCCCAUCAUCAAAAGAAGAGGGUAAAAGAUUGAAGAAAAGAUAUGCCGUCUUCAAUUUUGAUGGGUCACUUGCUGAACUGAAAGGCUUUGAAGUGAAAAGAAGAGGCGAACUUCAGCUAGUUAAAAUUUUUCAAUCAUCUGUUUUUGAUGCUUUUUUGAAGGGUGACACUCUUGAAGAGUGCUAUGACUCAGUUGCUAAGGUGGCAGACUACUGGCUCGAUGUUUUGUACAGUAAAGGUGUAAACUUGCCCGAUUCAGAGCUGUUUGAUCUUAUUUCUGAGAAUCGCUCUAUGUCAAAGAAACUUGAAGAAUAUGGAGGUCAAAAAUCAACUUCUAUCAGCACUGCUAAACGUCUUGCUGAGUUCCUUGGAGAUCAAAUGGUGAAAGAUGCUGGUCUGGCAUGCAAAUUUAUUAUAAGUAAGAAACCAGAAGGUGCACCUGUCACCGAACGAGCCAUCCCUCUGGCCAUUUUUCAGUCUGAACCAAGUGUCAAACGUCAUUUCCUCAGAAAGUGGCUCAAAGAUACAUCUAUCAAUGAUAUUGACAUACGUCAAGUUUUGGAUUGGAAUUAUUACAUUGAAAGACUGGGAGGGACAAUUCAGAAAAUUAUUACUAUUCCUGCUGCCAUGCAAGGUGUUGCCAACCCUGUGCCUCGAGUGCGCCAUCCUGAUUGGUUGCACAAGAAGCUGCUGGAAAAGAAUGACACUCUCAAACAGAGGAGAAUCACCGAACUCUUUUCAGUUAAACCUAAAGAAGUCCCUCAGGAAGUUGGUAGUGAAAGAAUGGACGGAAAUGAAGUAGCCAAUGGAGGUUCUGAGGACAUGUUUGGUUCUGAGAUGGCUGACAUUGAAGACCUUGGGGGUAGCGAAGUCAGCCCUGUAGGAGGCAGACCUGUAUGUAACAAAAGGAAAAGAUUCCAAACUCCUCCUGGCACCAGUCAAGACUCUUCCUUGUCUUCUCAGGAUUGGAGAGAGGCAUUGGGGCCCCCUCCCCCCAUGGGCACGAAUAAAGAAGAGAGGCAAGCAUGGCUUCUGUACCAGAAGAAGAAAUGGGCGCUGCAGGCUGAGGCUCGUGCAGCCAGACGAGGUGGGGCUGAAAAACGUGCCCGUAUUGACAAUGGUGACGGGGCCCCUAUAGCUCGACCCUCUGGCUUUGGACGUGGUUCUGCUGCAACAUUGGGUGGAUUUUUGAGGCGAACUCAACGCACUCUUCUUGACACUCCUUGGCAAAUUAUUCAGAUUGCUGAAACAAGUCAGCCAGGUGUUCUAAAACUCUGGGCAUUAGUGGGGCAUGACCUUCACCAAAUCAAGCUGAAGGUUCCUAGAAUUUUCUAUGUCAACCAAAGACUAGCAAGGGCUGAACCAGAAAAUAAUGCUACAACCCUGUGGAAGAAAUGUAACAGGAUCCUUCCAAGAUCGAGACCUGUGUUUCAUUUAUAUGAAUAUUCUGUACCAGAAGACCUGUUCAGAGAGCACAGUCAGGAGCUGAUGGCUGAUUUGUCUGCUCCAGACAUUGAGGGCAUUUAUGAGACACAAAUGUCCUUGGAAUUCAGAGCACUGAUUAGACUGGGUUGUGUUUGCUCUGUUGAUAAACAUGUGGCAAGAAGCAUGGCGCAUGCUGGUGUUCCAGACACUUUCCAACUUGAGGAUCUUCAGUUCCGUAGCUUAUCUCAGCAGUCAUAUUUAGAAACAACCGAAGAUGGAAAUCCACUCAAGCAUUUGUACUUAUACCAUCACCAAAUACCCAAUGGAACCAGAGCAAUGUUUGGAUUGUUCAUACCUCCUACCAAGAAGUCAUUGAUAAUUGUUCUUGACACAGUUCGUACCAAUCAGAUGCCCAACAUGAGCUCACUUUAUAAUGCUGAACGAAAUGCAAAAGUAUCUCGAGGUCAUGAAGAAACAUCUUUGCCUCAGAAAGAAUUUAACUUUGAAAUUCGAGUUGAAACAGAUGUUAAGCAAGUUUACAGACUUAUUCAAAAUGCUCUGCAGGCUUACCGUGAUGAAAGAAAGGGGCCUUCUCUCUUGGCUAUUCAGUCAAUACAUGAUCUUUCCACCAUCAAUUCAGUAAUGCCAGGCUUAGGGGAAUUCCCCCAGAUGGCCAUACAUGGUCUUGGAGAUGCAGAAAAUUUGUAUUCAGCCUUGGACUGGCAGAGAAUAGGAGCCAAAGCUAUCUUGCGUCAUUAUUUGAACAGCGAGAGGGUUCUUACAAUUAGUACUGAACAAUGCCGAUACUUCCAUGUACCACUAGGAAAUUUACCUGCGGAUGCCACCCUAUUUGGUGCAGACUUGUUCUAUGCAAGGCAUCUUUCUAAACAAAAUUUUGUCCUUUGGUGUUCAAAUACGGACAGACCAGAUCUUGGUGGAAGGGAAGCAGAUGACAACAGGCUUUUGACAGAAUUUGAAGAAAGUUCUACUGUUGUUUCAAAUUCACCGAAUGCAUAUUCAACGCUGUGUGUGGAUCUAGAGAUUGACAGUCUUGCUGUCAAUACCCUGCUCCAGUCUCACCAUGUUCAUGACAUUGAAGGAACAGCUGCUGGAGUUGCAUUUGACGCCAUGCCUCAAGCAUCGCUGGAAGAUAUGAUUUCUGGACAGACAGCAAUCUUACCCAGCUAUGAUGAGACUGCAUUAUGCAGUGCGGCUUUCAAGGUUCUUCGUUCUAUGGUGAAUGCUUGGCUGCGUGACGUCACCAUGUACAAGAACGAAUUUGCUGACCUUCAAAUUGUCCACUUUUAUCGCUGGAUAAGGUCACCCAAUGCCUUACUCUAUGAUCCAGCGUUGAGGCGCACACUCCACAAUCUCAUGAAGAAACUAUUCAUGCAACUGGUGGCUGAAUUCAAGCGACUUGGCUCUAUCAUAAUUUAUGCUAAUUUCAACAAAGUAAUGUUGUGUACCAAAAAGAAAAAUGUUCAAGAUGCUCUAGCUUAUGUAGAGUACAUAGUCACCAGUAUCCACAAUAAGGAGCUCUUCCACAGUAUUCAAAUUACUUACCAACAGUGCUGGGAGUACUUGUUGUGGCUUGAUCUCUCUAACCAUGCUGGUGUAAGGGGCAAGUUGCCAACAGAGUUAGAGAAUGAGCAAAAUGAAGAUGAAAUCUGCACACCCAAAGAUGAUGAUGACACUCCUGAAAUUGUGAUGAAUUGGAACUUGAUGGAAUACCUCCCUGAAGAUGCUGCCUGCCAAGACAAUUUCUCAGCUAUCAUAGCAGGAUAUAUAAUGAAAGUGUACCUACACUUGAAAGAGAACCUCGUUGCAGAUGGGCAGACCCCUGCUCGCAAGAAGCGCGUCAGCUCUCAAAGUCAAACCCAAAGCAAACCCUUGGGUAUUGGCGUUCAUGCAUCAACUGCAGAGUAUGCCAAAGAACUCAUCACUGGGGAAAUGGCACAAAAGCUAUUUUACAUUACUGAGAAAAUCCACAAAAAACUACCUAGUCAACCCUGCAAUGAGAAAUCUCUCUUCCCUCAACUGCCUGGUGCUCAUCUAAAACUAAUAAACCCUGCUUUGGAAUUUGUCAAAGCUGUUUGCAAGGUCUUGUCCUUGGACACAUCUGUAUCUGAUGAAGUUGGUGUCCUGCGUCGGAAUCUCUUGCGGCUCAUCAAAGUUGGCAACUUUAGUGAUUUAGCUGAGUGGAAGGAUCCCUGCAUUUCCUUUGUUCUUCCAGAGGUCAUCUGUAAAAGUUGCAAUCAUUGUCGAGAUAUUGAUCUCUGCAAGGACAAUUAUAAAGCUGAGGACGAGGGAAGGCCUGUUUGGAAGUGCCCCAUGUGCAACAACAGUUAUGAAAAUGUGGAGAUAGAACACAUGCUUGUAGACACAAUAAAUAGGAAAGCCAUGGCAGCCAUUCUCCAGGACUUGCAAUGCCGUAAAUGUUUACAGAUAAAAAUGGAAAAUAUGCCUGAGUAUUGCAGCUGUGCUGGUGAAUAUAACACACUCCUCUCCAAGUCAGAUUUCGGUAUUCACCUCAGAACCUUUAGAAGUAUUGCUGAACACUUCAACAUGCCUCUUCUUUUAGAAACUGUUGACUGGACGAUACAAACAAACCCAUCUAUUGUAGUAAGUUAGCCCCUGCCCUUUUCUAUAGUUAGCCUUUUACAGUAAUCAAUUUAUCCUGUGAUGUCAAAAUGUAUUCCAUUUGAACAAUUCCUGUAUUUUAAAUCUGCUUUGACAAAGUGAUCGAUGUGUUUCUAUUCGUAACAAUAAGAAAUAAAAAUAUUUUUAUGAAAAAACGA